CCCUUGCAUUGCUGUGAUGAUGAUGAUGAUGAUGAAGCCAUUGCUACCAUAGGCAAUACGUUCAGUCUCAGAAGGUGUUAUUAUGUAGAUAUAUAAUAUUAUCUACUAAUGGGUUUCAUUUACUUUCAUUAUUAUUUAUGUCCUCUACGUAACAUUUUUUCCUUGUGAAAUUUAAAAGUUGACACUUUGGUGGCAAUAGUUUGUAGUAGUUUUGAGUCUACUCGUGAUUCUCUCUACUUUGUUUUUGUUUUCCCACAAUCUUUUCUUCUGUAUUGUUCAAUUACAAUGUUUCCUAUACUCUUUUGCUGUUGUUAAAAUGACAUUAAUUCUAAAAUAAUUCCUAUUUGAACUCGGAUAUUGCAUGCUUACAUAGAUUUUGUUAUGAGAAAAGCCGAAACAGUAAGAAGUGGGAAGCUGUUGUAGUGUUUCGAUGUUGGUGCCUGGUCAUCGAAUAAAUCGUAAAUUAUAAGUCAAAACGGUUACUGUUUAGUCAUUCUUUAUAAUUUUGUAAAUGACUAAAAAGAGGCUGAUCAACCUCCAUGAUGAUAACAAGAAGAGAAGAGAGUGAUAUAGAGAGAAACAAUGGGCUUAUUAUCGUCUCCGGUACUUGAACUAGCCCGGCCUUUUCUUCGAGGUGAGCUAGAGAAGAUCAACCCCAAACUCCCCUCGUUGAUCGCCGUCCUCAAAAGCGUCGGCGCCGGCGAGUGUUGGCACAAACACGGCAGCUUCCUACAUCACUUGGUCGAUGUCUACAAGAUCCUAAAGCUAUGGAAAGCUCCUGAACCCGUCUGCCUAUGUGGUCUAUUCCACUCUGCUUACUCCAACUCCUACGUCAACUUAGCCAUCUUCGAUCCCUCCACCGGACGUGACGUCGUCCGUGGACACGUAGGUGAGGCUGCAGAGUCGCUGAUCCAUCUCUUCUGCGUUAUACCGAGACAAACUCUGAUCCACGACGAGCUUCUCUUCAAGUACUCCGACCUCGAGCUCGUCGAGCAUCUUGAACUCUCUGAGGUUUCCUUGAGGAAGGCUAAGGAGGAAGGUGUUUUCGAUGGAGAGGAAGUGUGGAGGAAGAAGCUGAACGGUUUGGUGCCUGAGAACGGGGUCGUUGUGAAGCACAUCAAGACGGGUGAAGAGGUUCUUGUUUCGAGGAGAGAAGUUGGUGUUUUCUUACUGAUGACCAUGGCGGAUUUCAGCGACCAGUUUUUUGGGUUUCAAGACGAGUUAAUCUGUAACAACGACGGGAGAUUGGAGUUUAGAGGCAAUAACGUGACAGCGUUAUGGCCUGGGGACGGGAAACCUGGGCUGUGGAUGAACUCUAGCUCGAGAAUGGGUGGAAUAUAUAAUUUGAUAGUGAGAGAAGAAGAGAUUUUGAUGGAGCAGAGGAAAAGAGGUUAUGGUUCUGAGUUUGUGGCGAGGAAGGAGAGAGAUGAAGAUAUUGAGCUUGUGGUGCCUCCAGUCUUCAGCUUCUGCACCAAGGUACUAGAUGCAAUAGAGCAGAUAGAAGCAAGGGAUAUGUACUGGGAAGCUGUGAGCAGCGACGCGAGCAAAGAAGGGUACUUGGAGAGAGCAGAGGAGAGGUUGUUGGGGUGUAUAGAGAAGAAUCCAUUUGUGGGAGAGCCACAUGUGUUGUUGAGUCAAGUGUAUUUGGGAAAGAAGAGAUUCGUAGAAGCAGAAAGAGAAGCUGAGACAGGGCUUGUCCUGCUGUUGCAAUGGGGAAGUCCUUGGGACAAGAGGAUGUCAUGGGAAGGUUGGAUUGCUUGGGUUAGAGUUCUUCUCAUGAAGUCAAGUGAUCAGUCUUGGCCUGAUGUUUCUUGGGGGAUCUUGAACUUGGGUCUUGUCCGCUAAGAUUACAAUU